AUGACCCUGGGAACUGAUUUAUUUUCACCCUUCUCAGUGCUGACCAUGGCUUCAGAGCCCAGGAAAAGGAGGGUAGGAAGGAAAGGCGAUGGAACAGACCAGCAAACAAACGAUGACAACACAGCACAGCGCGUGCGAGGAAGGAGGUCUGCACACAAGGAGCAAAUGCCCCUGCGUUCUUUCAAAUACCUCUCCAGCACCUAUGGGAUGCCAAGUGGCGCUCUAGGUGGUGGAGAAGUCUGCAAGCAGCUGAAGAAACGGGUCUGGCUCUGGGGACUCGCAGCUGAGUUGGAGAUGCGGAGCCCACAGGGACCUGCAGAUCUGGGCGCCCUGGCCACCGCCUCCCGCCUUCCUUCCCCUACCACGCCUGGGAGGGCCCUCACUGGGGAGGUGGCCGAGAGUGGGUCUGGCCUGGGGUGUUCAGAUACUCACAGCAUGGAAAAGUCCAUCCGGCUGCUGGCCUGCUUGGCAUGUGUCCUCCCAACAGGUGUCACAAUGCCGGAAGUGCCACCCCCGGAGCCACACUCCUGGAGCACCCUGUUAGCAUGCCCAGGUGCCCUCAAGGAGGGUAGCCCCUCCCAGAUUGUUGGGCUCCUCAUACUGGCCACUCGUCAGCUGAGCAAAGCCCACCCAGGGAGGGAGGGGCCCAGACCUGCCAUUUGCAGCACACUUCAGGACAUUUUCAAAAUUGGCUCUUGUCCUUGGGCACUGGAGCAUACAGGCUCAUUUGUGAGAACUAAAAUAGAUACUACGGAGAACUUGCUCAACACAGAGGUGCACAGCUCGCCAGCGCAGCGCUGGUCCAUGCAGGUGCCAGCCGAGGUGAGCGCGGCGGCAGGCGACGCGGCAGUGCUGCCCUGCACCUUCACGCACCCGCACCGCCACUACGACGGGCCGCUGACGGCCAUCUGGCGCGCGGGCGAGCCCUAUGCGGGCCCGCAGGUGUUCCGCUGCGCUGCGGCGCGGGGCAGCGAGCUCUGCCAGACGGCGCUGAGCCUGCACGGCCGCUUCCGGCUGCUGGGCAACCCGCGCCGCAACGACCUCUCGCUGCGCGUCGAGCGCCUCGCCCUGGCUGACGACCGCCGCUACUUCUGCCGCGUCGAGUUCGCCGGCGACGUCCAUGACCGCUACGAGAGCCGCCACGGCGUCCGGCUGCACGUGACCGCCGCGCCGCGGAUCGUCAACAUUUCGGUGCUGCCCAGUGCGGCUCACGCCUUCCGCGCGCUCUGCACUGCCGAAGGGGAGCCGCCGCCCGCCCUCGCCUGGUCCGGCCCGGCCCUGGGCAACAGCUUGGCCGCCGUGCGGAGCCCGGGUGAGGGUCACGGCCACCUAGUGACCGCCGAACUGCCCGCACUGACCCAUGACGGCCGCUACACGUGUACGGCCGCCAACAGCCUGGGCCGCUCCGAGGCCAGCGUCUACCUGUUCCGCUUCCAUGGCGCCAGCGGGGCCUCGACGGUCGCCCUCCUGCUCGGCGCUCUCGGCCUCAAGGCGCUGCUGCUGCUCGGGGUCCUGGCCGCCCGCGCCGCCCGCCGCCGCCCAGAGCAUCUGGACACCCCGGACACCCCACCACGGUCCCAGGCCCAGGAGUCCAAUUAUGAAAAUUUGAGCCAGAUGAACCCCCGGAGCUCACCAGCCACCAUGUGCUCACCGUGAGGAGUCCCUCAGCCACCAACAUCCAUUUCAGCACUGUAAAGAAUAAAGGCCAGUGCGAGGCUUGGCUGGUACAGCCAGUCCUGGUUCUCGGGCACCUUGGCAGCCCCCAGAUGGGUGACUCCUCCCCCGCUCGAGGUCAAGACCCUGCUCAAGGAGGCUCAUCUGGCCUCCUAUGUGGACAACCAUUUCGGAGCUCCCUGAUAUUUUUGCCAGCAUUUCGUAAAUGUGCAUAUGUCUCUGUGUGUGUGUGUGUGUGUGUGUGUGUGUGUGUGUGUGAGAGAGAGAGAGAGAGAGAGAGAGAGUACAUGCAUUAGCUUGAGCGUGAAACUUCCAGAAAUGUUCCCUUGCCCUUUCUUACCUAGAACACCUGCUAUAGUAAAGCAGAUAGGAAACUGUUUACAGGGACU